ACUAGUUGUUCACCGUUUUAACUAACAAGCCACAACGAUUCGCUCUCUUCACCCUGUCCAUCAUCAUCAUCAUCAUCUUCUUCUUUCUUUUUUCAUAUGGGAGAUCUUUCCAUGGACCGUUUGGCUCUCAAGAUCAGAAUCUUCUUCCUCCAGUGGCUCCACUGCAGAUCUCGCCCCAGUUCACUGCCCUUUGUCAAGCAUUUUUCAUACAAGGAUAUAAAGAGAGCUACUGGAGGAUUUGGAAGACUCAUUGAUAGCUCUUCACAUGGGGCAGUAUACAGAGCGAGUUUCCAGAAUGGUCAGGUUUCUUUUCAGGUUAAAGAGGUCAAAAAUCUUGAUGAUCAAGAUGAUGAUAUGUUCUUCAAUGAAGUACAACUCCUUUGGCAUUUGUAUCACCGUCACAUUGUUUCUCUUGUGGGGUUCUCAAGCGGGCCAAAGAGGUUCCUAUUGUUUGAAAAUGUGGAAAAUGGAAGUCUGAAGGAGCACCUAUCAGACCCAUUGAAGAGUCCGUUAAACUGGCAAACAAGAUUGCAGAUAGCCAUUGGUAUAGCUGCUGCUCUGGAAUACUUGCAUUUCUUCUGUGAUCCACCCAUCUACCAUGUGACCCUAAGUUCAAGCACCGUUUUGUUGGAUGAGGAUUUCAAUGCAAAACUUUUUGAUAUCAGGCUCCUUAGUCCUGUCGGAAGCAGAACAAAGAUCCUCAAAUCUUCGUGCUCGGAAGUGUGUGUAGAUGAGAAGUGCAAGAAGUUAAUAUUCCAGCUGGGUGUGUUGAUACUGGAGCUGAUCACGGGACAGUCCUCUGAAGAUGGGGGCAGUGAACUGGUGAAAUGGGUUCAAGAAUCUCGUUUCAGAAAAUCGAUAUAUAGAGUGUUAGAUCCCGACCUCGGAGAUGAUUAUGAUUCCCAAGAACUUGGAGGUCUUCUAAGAGUGGCAAGGCUGUGUGUAAAUUCCAUUAAUAAGCCAACAGUAAAGACCCCUCAGAUUCUGUGGUAUGUGCAGAACAAAAUAAGGGUCAAUGAAGAUGAUAUUCAUUGAAAAGUAUACCAAAGAAAAGAUGAAACUGUAA